AUGGGGUUUUUCACUAAUGCAUACAACAUUUUCUACAUCUCAAUAGUCUCAAAACUCUUGGGCCGCCUUUACUAUGCUAUAACUGGUGUUGCCCUAAUUGGUACUCUCAUAGGACACCUAUUCUUCGGUUGGAUUGAUGACAAACUUGGCCGUAAAAAAGCUUACAACAUCAGUCUAACUCUCACCAUCAUUUGCGCCAUAUGCUCUGGCUUGUCCUUUGAUGCAAGCAAAGAAACUGUUGUCAAAACACUUUGUUUCUUCAGGUUCUGGCUAGGGUUUGGUAUCGGUGGAGACUAUCCCAUCUCAGCCGUAAUCAUGUCCAAGUACUCCAACAAAAAAACUCGUGGAGCAUUCAUCGCAGCCUUGUAUGCAAUGCAAGGAAUCUUUCUUCACUUCUACCCUACUGCUUCAUUCAAAGAUGAUCCUGUAAUUUCCACACAACCAGAGGCAAAUUAUCUUUGGAGGAUCGUGCUUAUGCUUGGAGUGUAG